AUGUUCCCAACAGGGCAUUUAGUCGAUGAAAUAGCAAUACCCGAUCUAGGUACUAUUAAAGCCACUUUAAUCAACGCCGGCAUUCCGACGGUUUUUGUAAAUGCCUCAGACAUUGGUUAUAAGGGCACAGAACUACAAGAUGACAUCAAUAAUGAUAACAAAGCCCUAGAACUCUUUGAAAAGAUUAGAUCUUAUGGCGCCCUCAAAAUGGGGCUCAUCAAAGAUGUGUCUGAAGCAGCCAGUCGCCAACACACCCCAAAAGUUGCUUUUGUAGCCCCGCCGGCAUCCUAUGUUUCAUCUAGUGGAAAAACUGUUCUUGCCAGCGACAUGGAUCUUUUAGUACGCGCCCUGUCGAUGGGUAAACUGCACCAUGCCAUGAUGGGCACAGCGGCAGUGGCCAUUGGUACAGCAGCUGCCAUCCCUGGUACUUUAGUGAAUUUGGCAGCAGGUGGCGGUGAACGAGAAGCCGUGCGGUUUGGUCACCCUUCAGGUACGUUACGUGUCGGUGCUCAAGCACAACAAAUGGAUGGAGAAUGGACAGUGACA